CAGUUAUAUUUAUUUAUUAUUGUGACGAGACACGAGUCUCGCACAUGUAAGGCGACCGCAAUAAACACGGCAUGCGCAGCGAGCGCGCGCGCGCAACGAAAGGCGAGGCCGCACUAGCGCGGAGGCAGUGGCCACAUAAGGGCGUAUGCGUGCGUAUGCAUGCGUACGCGUGCGGUGAAGUUACUAGAAACAUAUAGUGACUUUUCAUAAAGCCAACUGUCGAAAUUGAUUUCCGGAAUUGACUAAAACUAGUUAUAGAAAACGAAUGCACUACAACAAUCAUAUAACCUCAACCUUCCAACGUGUUUGUCUCACUGAUGGUCUCCAACAGAUACUCUGUUUUAACAGCGAUUAUCUCCGAAAAGAAAAUGUGAUAAUGAAAAUGUGAAAAUAGCGAAAUCGAAAUCUAAUAAAAUAUUAAGUAAUUAUAUGUCUAAAACAUUUACAGUACUCUACAAUCAUGAAUUCCAUGGAAAAAACCAUCAUUCGAUUUUAUGCUGCAAAUACUUUUAUGUUCGACCAUCAAGAUGAAAAACAUUAUUCAAAUACAGAAAAAAAUAAUGUUUUAUUAAACAUACAAAAAGCUCUUUCGGAGGAUGGUAUUAAUAUGUCUACAAAGCAAAUUAAGGAGAAAUAUAAAUAUCUUAGAGAUAUUUUUGUAAAGACCGAUAAACUAAUUGAAGCGAAACAGAAUCUUACAUAUCUACAAAAGUGCAUAUAUCAGAGGAUGUACUUUAUAAAACCAUUUUUGGUUUCAAGUUCGAAACCUCGAUCCACGUACGAAGUGAAGAGAGAUAUAAAAGUUCAAGAGACUGCUUCAAAAGCCAGCCUUACGCCGACAUCUCACGACUCGCUUUAUCUCGAUGCGCACACCGGAUAAAGGGAGGAACGAGACGAGCGACGAAGAUUUAUGAAGCCGUGCGCACACGACUCCACAAAUCCGAGGGUUAACCUCAAAACCCCGUUGCACUAUCCCGGCCGUUACUGUGCGCACACAGAGCGGUCGAGAUCGUUGUUGCGCGACACAUUCGGAUCGGUGUAGCAGUGCGCACACGACUCCACCGUACCGAAUGAAUUCCUAACCACAAAAUCCGCCACCGAUCCGUCAUACCGCCACCGUACCGAAACACCGUAGCCGCAAACACCGAAUCAUUCUUGUAACAAAAUCGCGUAGAUAUUCUUAUAAAUUGUCAACCGCGUUAGUUUAAACCAUUCUAUUUGUAAAGGCGAAAUAUUUUUAACAAGACGCAUAAUUGAUUUCUGUUUCAGCCGGGAUUUAACAACUGAUUCCAAAUUGCGAUUCUUUACUUAAGAUUUUUGUUAUAAUUAUAUAUUUGUUAUAAUUAAAAAUAUAAAAACAGACUCUUUUCUUGCCCCUUUCCCCUAUCCAGAUCCUGGAACCAACUGACUAUCCAGUCUCCUCGGAAAAGUUGAACCGAUACAUUAUUUAUAAUCUAAAAAAUGUUUGAGGUUAUAUAAGCUAGACCUUGAUGUCUCACAACGGUCAGAUACGGUUUCUGACUACUGGAGCUGUGUUCCGCAUCCCAAAACACAGGGAUUCCGCGAAUCACAAACAAUGAAAUGACCGCAAGCUCAGUUUUUCGUUGUUGAGUUUUGUUCACUCGUAUAAAGUUUUGUGAAUAUAGUUCAAUAAUAAUGGAUUAAGUAAAUAAACCACAAAUAACUUUAGUUGAUCCCAAAACUAAGGAAACCUUCAAGGUCCUUGUAAACGCUGAAGAUGUUGAAAAAAUCGAGAAUGAUCCAAUUUAUCAACAUAAAAUGUUGAAAGACAUAAAGAAGGUCAGAGAUGAAACAAAUUGCUUAAAGCUAGGCCAAGCAAAUAAUUUAGUUGAACUGCAGGUAAUGGAUACAUCUGAUAAAAUUCAUUCCUUGAUGGUUCCUGUUGCUAAACGUGAUCGAGCUUUAAAAGAUGUAGCAUAUGCCAGUGAAUUAUUACAUGAACACUUAUCGGCUUUGCCUAGUUCAUCUAAUGCUAGACAGACAAACAAUACGGAGACUGAUGCCAUGAAAGAUGGAGUAUUGAACGCUGAAAAGGAUCCAGUAUUUGAGUUAACAUUGAUAGAACCUUCAACAAUGGAGAAAUUCAUGCUUUUCGUUGACCAGGAAACUUUUAACCGAGCACAGAACGAUAUCUCGUUUGCGAUACAGUUAUUAGAGAAUCAUAUGGCAGCUUUAGAUGAACAAAAAUCAAAUUCUGUAUCGACAUUCCUGGAGGCAAACAAUACUAGUAAUGAAGAACUGCAAAAUGACACUGAUGAAUUGAAAAAUCUCAUUAGAAUGUAUAAGAACGAUGACAUUAAUGAUGAUGAAUCCAGUAGUAAACAGACUGGUCGUUAUGUUUGGAGUGACGCAGAGACACUUCUUUUAAUUACAUUAUAUAAAGACAAUGAUGCUGCUUAGAAUGAAGGCAAGAUGACGUACAAAACUUUUUGGAAAAGAAUUACAGAUGGCAUGGUGUCUAAAGGAUAUAACGUAACUAACAGUCGAUGUACUUAAAAAAUGGACUCCCUCAAAAGAAUGUACAAAAACGUAAAAGAUCAUAACGCUCAAAGCGGAAAUGAUAAAAAAACAUGUAACUUUUAUGAAGAGCUGGAUGAACUGUUCAAUAAAAAACCAUGGAUAAAACCACUGUCCGUGGCUGGAUCAAAUUUGCCUUUAGACAAUGUGGAUAUUAACAAAACACCAAGUACCUCACGAAAGCGUUCAAAAUCAGUACUAGAAGACCUAAAAGCAUCAUAUUUAGAGCAGUCGUUAGAAAUAAAACGCUUGCAAAGGGAAGAUACAGAAAAUUACAGGAAGGAAAAAUUAUCUGUUAUGAAAGAUUUCUUCCAAUUUCUUAGAAAAUAAGAAGUAGUAGGUGCAA